AUGAGAGUCCUGAUUCUCGCUGCCCUCAUCUCAGUGGCUGUAGCCCACCCAGGCUUGGUGCCAGUAGGUCCUGCUGGCCCAGUCCCUGCACCUGAACCUUGGGCCCCCAUCGCUAUUGGCCCUGCCAUCCUUGACAACUUCCAGCCCAUCGCUAUUGGCCCUGCCGUCGUUGACAACUUACACCCCAUCGCUAUUGGCCCUGCCAUCAUUGAUAAUGUACACCCCAUCGAUAUCGGACCCGCUCUUAUCACAGAACCCGAAAUUCUUCCUGACCCUGUUCACAUUGUUCCUGAGCCCGUGGCCGUUGGUCCUGCUGUCAUCCCUGCCCCUUCUCCGUCUCCUAAAGGUCCCCUUGUGCAAAUUAUCAUGAACAUCAACUCUGCUGAGAGCGCGCCUGCACCUUCACCUGUGCCAGUUCAGCCAGUGCAUGUUGUUGACGAGGUUCCCGUGCCCGUUCACCCUUUGCCCGUUCACCCUCUGCCCGUUCACCCUCUGCCCGUUCACCCCUUGCCCAUUCACCCUCUGCCCGUUUACCCCCUGCCUUUUCCCCCCGUGCCCGUGCACCCCGUGAAUGUUGUCGAUGCACCACCCGCACCUGAACCCGUUUACAUUCCGCCUGCAGUCAUUGGUGCGCCUGUACUCCCUGAACCAAUUGUCGCACCCCUCGAGCACCACUAA